GAAGGAGGAAGAUGCGACGGCGGAGGAUGGAGAGAAUCAGACUGGGGACUUUCUCAGAGCAUCCCAUCACUGAUGUGAUUAAUAAUGUGUAAAUAAAUGCUCUCCACGCAUUGACUCGUCGCGGUAUGUAGCCUGAAGGCCUUUGGGUUGUUACCUACUGGACUCCGGUUGGUUUUGUUCUGGUUCUGUUGGUGUUAUUGGACCGGUUUUGGAUGUGAUGAUGUUGGGCCUGUCGAGCUGCUCUGUAGGUGAAGUCACUCCCUUAGAAAUGAACCGUUAGCUUGUGUUUACAGCACUGGUAGAGCCAUCACUGAAGGUGUUGCUGUGUGAAGGAUGCACGAGCGAUGUCUGAUGUUGAGGCCACGUACGCAGACUUCAUCGCCUCCGGCAGGACGGGACGCAGGAACGCCAUGCACGACAUCCUGCAGAGUCCCACCGACCCCGAGGGACGAGGGCUGCCUCUCACCCUGUCUCUGUCCCAGCUGCACAUCAACGCAGGAGGAGGAGACGGAGACGACACAGAGGACAGCCAGAGCUCUUCCUCCUCGGCCCACAGGGAGAUGGGGCAGAGGAACAGCUAACCUGCCACACACUCCUGCCAGUGGACGGAGAGCUGCGAGGUGGAUUCCAGCCGCCGUUGUGAUGAAAGUCCAAAGCGUGCUGGUAGCCGGAGGGUAGCACCACCGCCGCUGAGGUGCCUACAAGCAGGGCGCUGACCCCCUAAAUCCACUGGUAGAGGCGCUAUGCUGUGCUGCGAUGAGAUCUCUCCUGUGUGCACUACAAUAACAGACUGUUGGCAGGGUUGUAUUUCACAGUUUGAGGAAGCAGAGAGACAAAUCUGUAGCUCAUGUACAGCUGAUUUUACUUUCAGUCUUAGUUACCAAACACACAGGCUGGCUGAUUGGAAUGAAAAGAGAAAAUAGACAGAGAUCCUAUGUGAGUUUUGUAGUUGUGCAGGCAAUUUGUGAGCCCACUGAGGCGUGCUGAUGUAAUGGGUCACGGUGGGAGUAGCAUGUUUGUAGUGACGCUGAUAGAGAUUAUAUUGCCAGUUAAUGGCUUGUGCUUCCUUUAAAUUGACAAUACGGUAGAGGGAAUUGGACUUCUCAGCAGUAGUAGAGCUGGAAAACACCGAGGCUUGGUUCCUUUAUCUGUUGAAAGGUGUGUCCACUGAUUCUGUUGUGUUUGAUGGGGGCAACAUCCAGUCAUAUUCUCUAUGUGAAACUGGCCGAUACUGUAGAAAACAGCAGACUGGAAGGUGGUGUUCUGUUCACCAACAAUAAUACAUUUACAGUGAGUUCAGUAUGGAUGACAUAUUUCAAUGGCUCAGUGGUUAAAAAAAAAGAAAUAAUGAUGAUGUACUAUCUUUUAAAAUGUUGAUACUUUUUUAUUUUAAACUUUUCUAAUGAUGCUGUUAUAAUCACAACCUUAAAGGAGUAGUUUGACAUUUUGGGAAAUGGACUUAUUCGCUUAGCCGAGAGUUAGAUGAGACGAUCGAUAACAAUCUUACGUAUGUACUAGUGAUGCACGGGCUGAACCACCAGGUGAUCUUACUAUAAAAUAUCACGGUUUCAGGGCAGGGGGGUCAAAAAGUGACAAAGCAGCGUUCCGUGUAAGUUAUUAAUAACUUACAGAAACACUGUGUUCAAUAGUCCACUUUCUCAGUCAGGUUUUGGUGGUUGAUUAAUGCAUUUUUUUGUGGGUUGGGCGGUGCGGAUUAGCUCUCAUAACGGGUCGGGUGGGUGUGGGUAAUAAUGCUGCAAUCCAUUGCAAGUCUGUAAUUCCGAGUCAGUAUGAACGUUUUUUUAGGCAUCAUAAAGCAGCACUGUUUUAGCUUUUAGGUGAAGUUAUUUGAAAUUUUGAGCAUGUUUAGCAGGCAAGUAAGGAGGAGAAUUCCCC